UAUGGAUGCAUUUAAUAGAUGCUUACCAUCAAAUGCAAGUUCAAUCUGUAUAUCAUUGAGUGAGGUCAUUGAUAAUUGAUCAUGAUCAAUGUUCCUAUUGCCAAUCUUUCUAAAGUGUUCAACGAAAUCAGACAAUCCAACUGAUGCCUUAACCAUAUUAUUGUGCUCCCCAGACUUUACUAGUUUUGGUAUAAUGCUACCAAGAUGACCAAGAUUGAAGAGCGCCAACUCCAACUCCGUGAUGCGAAAGUGAUUCUCCAUACAUGUAAAGCCUGUGUACCCGUAUAUAUUGUAGCUCAAUCGGAUCGAUCGGGGCCCUAGCUGUGUACCGGUCGUAUACACGGCAUGCAGUAUUCAGCGUGAACGAAGUCGAAGAUCAAAAUUCUUGGGCAAAAUCAACAUACGCAAUAUCUUGGAUAAAUCUAGGACGUAAGCUGUACUGAACUAAAAGAGUCCCACGCAUGCUAAUGUGACGUACCACUUUCCUCUGGCCACGUCUUGUAAGCAGAGUGAUCGAGAGGAGAGAGAGGGGAGCAUUCUUAGAAGAGGAGCGGAGCUGAACGUUACCCAUCAUGUGGGGUGUAACCAAUUCCUCCGAGAACUGCAGUCUUCUGGGCAAGAACACUACGGCCAUUUCCUUUCUUAAGUAUGGAGGUAUACCACAGAAUAUCGCCUACAACUGUAUCUUUUAUGUGAUCUUGGUGGUUUUGUUUGCUAUCUUCAGAAAAGUAGCUGGGGAUUAUGGUCGCAUUGCUCUUGUGAACCAGGGUGAAGAAAGGAGAGUAUUUUCAUCACAAAAUGGAACAGCAGGCUACAACAUAUGGACAAGCAUGUUCUAUGGGGAUCAUAGCUCCCAGGGGAAGUCUAAGAAUGUCAACGCUGACGGUGGGGCAGCAGACCAUCCACCUCAUUCUCGCGCACCGGGACUGUGUGACUGGAUCCCAGCCAUAUUCAGAAUCAAGGAUGCAGAUAUCAGGAGCAACUCCGGGACGGAUGCGGUCCAGUACCUCCAGUUCCAACGCUACCUGAUCAUCCUGAUGAUCAUCAUCACCUUCCUCAGUCUGGUGGUCAUCCUCCCUAUCAACUUCAGCGGCAGCCAGGAGCUCGGAACAAACAACUUUGGUCGCACCACCAUCACCAAUAUCCCUAACAAAGAUAGCAAGUUAUGGGCGCACACCAUCUUCUGUAUGCUGUAUUUCUUGAUAGUGAUUCUCUUCAUGCGUCACUUCUCCAUGCAUCUCCCCUAUAGGUCAGAGACAGACACGGUAUCUCGUACUCUUUUAGUGUCUGGUAUUCCCCUAGAGAGGACAGAUCCUGCCCUUAUCAAACAACAUUUCCAGGAGGCCUAUCCUGAUGUAGUUGUUACAGACGUACAGUUUGCUUAUGACAUAGCAAGACUCAAGAGGCUUGAUACACAGAGACGAGAUGCUCAUCUAAACAGGCUUCAUUGUGAGAGGAUUUACCAGAGGACCACCCAGCGCCCCACCCUCAGACCUGGUACUUGUGGACAGCUGGGAUGUGGAGGACCAAAGGUUGAUGCUAUUGAGUACUAUGGCAACGAGGAAGAGGCCCUCACUGUUACUGUUGCAGAGGAGAAGAGAAAGGCUCUGAAGAGCAACCUUGGUAUGGCCUUUGUGUCAGUGCACAGUGAGACUAUGGCUACAAAGAUUGUGACUGACUACGCAACCCUAAAGACAGGUCCUCCUACAGUAUCCAGUGUUAGCAGACAGCUACAUUCUACUGUAUGGGAAGUAGACUUUGCUCCCAAACCUGAUGACAUCAUCUGGGAAAAUCUCUCCAUCAGUCCAUAUGUAUGGUGGCUCAGUGUCAUCUUAAUCAACAUUGCUCUGUUUGUGUUGCUUUUCUUCCUGACCACACCAUCUGUUAUUAUGACCACUCUGGAUAGUACAAACUACAAAGAUGCUUUAGCUGAGGCAAAGUCUCCCUUCUUGUCUCAAUUCUUGCCGACCCUCCUUCUGUGGACGUUCGCUGCCCUCCUGCCUCUGCUAGUAGUCUACUCCAGCUACUACUUUGAGUUCCAUUGGACACGUACUAAACUCAACCAUACAAUCAUGAGGAAAACAUUCAUCUUUCUCCUCCUUAUGAUCCUUAUACUGCCCUCUCUUGGUCUUGCCAGUGCUCAGGCUCUGUUUGAAUACAGUCUGAAGAGUGUGGCCGAGAUCAAGAUGAGAUGGGGAUGCAUAUUUCUUCCUGAGAAUGGAGCCUUCUUUGUAAAUUUCAUCAUAACGUCGGCCUUCAUCGGCACCGCCCUCGAACUUAUCCGCUUCCCAGAACUCUUCUACUAUGGCAUCAACAUGCUGUGGACACGGUCCGAGGCAGAAAAGAUUACAAAACGAAGUAGAGUGGCGUAUGAGUUUCAAUAUGGAGUCCAGUAUGCCUGGAUCCUAACAACUUUUACUGUUGUACUGGUAUACAGUAUAACAUGCCCUCUUAUUGCCCCAUUUGGUUUGGUUUACUUUGUGCUGAAGCAUCUAGUGGAUAGAUAUAAUAUCUAUUUUGCCUACAUUCCAUCAAGAAUACAUCAAGGUAUCCAUCAAAGUGCCAUUAACUUUGUGGUCAUUGCUGGGAUGCUCUUACAGCUAUCUGUGCUCUUCUUUUCUGUUCUAAGACUUGGUUCAGUGGAUCCUCGAUCUAUCCUAUUAUUUGUAUUCCUAGUCCUGACCAUAGGACUGUACAUCGCGAAGGUAUGUUUCAACAUAUGGAUGGGUUACGUACCUCCAGCUUACGAUGAAUUUAGCAACGAGGAAGAACCGGUUCAAGAGAAAGAGGUCGAACAUAAGUACCUUCAUCCGUCAUACUCGUUUGGUAAUGAUGAUGACUUAUCUCAUCUUGACAAGGACUUUGUGCCGGACGUCCUGAUGGAAGAUGCCGAGGCCGGAGAAGGGUCGGGCACAAGUCAGAUGGGGGCCAGAGGUCACCAGGCGUACGGUACCAUGGACCACGGCAGCGAGCACAUCUCUUAUCAACCCCAGGUCGACACAGAAUCGUCAGAACAAGAGGAAUAGGCUUGAAAGGAUUUCAUUCGGCUUCCAAUCAUACAGCUGCAGUAGAAAGUCCUCGGAAUCGGUGAGAAGAAGUCUCCUCGUAGUAGGACUCAAAGAAUACUCAAAUACACACUUGAAUCAACAAGUAUGGGUGACAUAGAAAUUCAUAUUCUAUUUUAUGAUAUGCCUUCAUAAUUACCAUACUAAUAAUUGAAUUACACAGUUCUUCUGAAGCAUAUUGCAAAUUACAACUUAUCAUUCCUAUGCACUUCCAAAGGACUUGGAUACUGUUUUGCUUCAUGUUUAAAAAGUAGAAUACAAGAACAAAUGCUUGCCAAUGUAGUAAUCUGAUGUCAUGUUCCAAUGUUCCUUAUUUUAAUUUAAAAGGAAGGGAUUUAUUUCAAUGAUUCUUUUAUCCAGGAAAAUGCAUAAUCUUUUGCAUCAGAGAAUGUAACUCAUCAGUGUAGUGUGCUUUUCAUUUGAAGUUAUCCUCAGGGAAAAAUUCUCAUUUAUUUUAUGGCCAUUUCUUUUAACUGACUUGUACUGCACUCAUAUCCCUCAGAAAUCUUGAUGUGCAUGUAAUCCAUUCCGUUCCGUCUCGUCUAAAAUCUUAGAAGUUAAUUGCUUGAAGUCACUGAUGGGGAAAUGGGAGGGAUAGAACAUGCAGUCCCAUAUAUUAGGGUCUCCGCGGUGCAGGCAUACGGUUGCUAUGCUUAUAAGAGCUUCAUAGUCGGUAUCUACUGCUAUGUCUCUCCGCACGUUUAAAGCACAAGUCAGAUUAUUACUUCAUCGAUUAUGAACACUUUACCAGGUGGUAAAUGUUAGAUUGUUUGGGUUUGUAUGACUGCAAGAGCUUUUGCAUUAUACACGAUGGUUAAACAAAACCCCAUCCACAUUAGACAUGAUUUGCUCUGAAGCUCACUAAUUUGGUGAGUGAAUUAUAUAAAGCAAUUGAAAUCUUGGUAAAUGAUGUGAUAGCAGUGUUGUCUGUACCCACGAUGUUGCCUUAUGACAAGUUCAGGCCGGCAAAGGAUUUGCAUUGAGUUUCCUCAUUCUGUGUAUUGGAGGUUGGAAGGGAUGCUAUUCAAACUUAUUCUAUCUUUAAAAAAAGUGAGAGAGAGGGGAAUGUGAUAUCAUAGGUAUGCUAGAUUUUCUGCAUUCACAGAGUCUAACUUUUGACUAGAAUAUAUGUUUGUAUUUAAAAAACUAUACAAAAAAGUAUGUAGUUACAUAUAGAAUUAUGUAAAGAGUAUAUGAAUUUAUGAAUUUGAAUUCAACAAGAGUUAUGGAUAGUUAUAUAAUAUGUAUCUGUAUAUUGGAAAGAAUUUGGGUGUUACUGUAUGUCAUGUGGGUGUUGCAAUAUGUUUGGAGUCUAUAUUUAAAACAAAUUGAACAGUAUAUCUCUCUGUAUAAGAUCUCACGAUUCACAGUCAUAGUUAUCUUAUUAUUCAAGACAAAAUUGCAUUUCUUGAAAUGUAGUGAAAUAAUCUGGAUUUUUUUGUAAUCUGUGAGGCUGUCUUGGAAUGCGCAUAUUCUGAAAUGUGCAGGGACGUACGUACCUUAGUCAUGAAAUACAUUGAUUGAGAACUAUAUAUCCCUUAGGUCAUGUGCAUGCCUUCAUUCUAUACAGAUAAUUGCAUCUUUGACGAAUUGAUUGCAAUAUUAAACAGUGUCAAUGGUAACCUUUCUUUUUUUAAAUGUUAUGAAUACAGUAUUAGGGCAUUAUGACAUAAGUAUUUGUGUUAUUCUGUUUACAAAGAUGAUUCUAAUGUCCAUGCUUUUAAAAAAAGCAUGCACAUGCCUUAAGGAUUUUGAUCAGCCAUUCCCUUUUUUAUGUCAUUUCUCAUGAUUUCUCUAUGAUUUUAUAAAAUGGAACAAGUAGGUUCAGUUGUCAUGACAUAUUAUUAAAAAGAUUGUUUUCAAAAUUGAAUGGUAAAUACUUUUUGUAUCUCCAGUUAUGAUGCAACUUGGUUGUAUCUUAAAUGCACUAUGCCUUUCUGUAACAGAAUGACCCUUUUUGUCCUGAAAUAGUUUUGAAAAGAAAAAAUGACAUAUGACCUAUUUCCACUUAGGGGGGGAUGAUUUUAUCUUGAUAGUACAUCCAUAUUGAUUAUUCUAUUACAAUCAGUUGAAGACAAUAUCUAUUUAUUUCUGAUACAAUGGAGAAGGACAAAAUUAAUUAUAACAAUUUUUUCAAUUUAAUUAGAUAAAUGUGCACUGAUGCCAAUACAUCACUCAAAGAGUUAAUGUAUUGUUUUCUAGAUUGAGAGAGAUAAAAAUUGAGUUUAAAAAAAAGCUCUAAAAAGGCUCUUAUAUAUUUUUUUUUAAUUCUGUAUAUAUUUUUAACUCUCGGCUACUAAAUUACAAAGUUACAAUGUUUAUUAAGUUUAUGCAAACUUCAUUAUCUCAGCCAAUGAUAUUUGUCAUCCACAUAUUAUUUCUAUUUAAGUACUUAUUUUUCCUUCAAUGUGCCAUUCAAAUUUGUAUGAUUU